UUUCUUUCUAUUGUCCUGCUCCUCUUCUUCGUGCCCACUCUCUCACCCACCCAGCACUGCGCCGCCUUGCAUGCGCUGAUACGACGACACCCGCGCACGAAACUCGCGACAACGAGAAGCUUAUGCCAGGCAUCCUUCUAUCGCCCAGCGCCAGCAGUGUGGGCACAAUCGCAGGCAUGAAGAGAGCGCACGACGCUGCGGAAACCGUGCCGACCUACGGAGAAGCUCAUCCCAAGAAGCGGAAAGUCGUACAUCAACUCCGCCACACGCAACCCGUCCAGCACAUUGUCGACCCCAUCAGCGCCGAGCUCGACUCCUUUGGCGGCAGCAAAGACUUCUUCGACCAGCAAUUGCGCCGCGCGAUCGCGAUACAAUGCAAGGGCAUGGGUUUCGACACGGCGCGGCCCGACGCCUUGGACGAGUUCCGGGGGCUGGUGGAUUCUUACAUGCGCAACUUUCUGGCCCAAGUGCGGAAGUCCAUGACCAGCUCGCGACGCACCGAUACCGUAGCACACGACUGGGUCUACGCACUCACCACCGUCGGCCUUCGCGGUUCAGCACCCCUCGACCAACAUCUUGACACGGGCGGAAUACCACCGUCCCUGCUACAGCCGCAUUUUGAGCCUCCCGCGCCUCCAGAAGCACCCCCGCCCACUACCGAAUCCUUGCUGGGCCCCGAACUGUCUGGCAAAGCAGACAAGGACACGCGCCCAUAUAUACCGAAGCACUUUCCAGCAUUCCCAUCAAGACACACGUAUAAGGCAACCCCAGUCUUCACCGAGCGCGAGAAUGAUCCGCGCAAGAUCCGAGAGAAGGCGACAGAAGAGGGCAUACUGGCCGAGCAGAGUCUACGGAAGCUCAUGGCAGCACAAAAGGCGGGCAUCCAAAAACAGAACGUUGGGAAGCGGAAGCGAAGCAAGCGAAUGAAGGAGAGCGACAAAUUAUGGCAAGAAGCCAUGAUAGAUCUGCUAGACGAGGAGCAGGCGGGAGAGAAGGAAGAGGAACAACGACAGGCCCGACUAGACGACGAGGACGACGAGUGGGAUGCGCCUCGACUCCGCACGCGGCAGCCCAUAGUAGACCGAAACGUUAAUUUAGAGGAGGGGGUCCAUGUCGAUUACGAGCAGAAGUACUGGAGAAAGUCUGCAAGAGGCGGUUGAAAAAGUCUGGCACGCCGCGAAAGGCGUUUGUAUUUGGUUUCCAUCACUCUUCUUGGAGCAUUUUGACAGCGAGGCGUUUGGGAUUCUGCAUGCCUUUCUGGUCUGGCACUUUGAUGCAUUUGCGGCGUUCAUCACUUCUUCCAGACGUUGUAUUUUAGCUGUCCUACUACUCACAAUAGCUGGCUUUCGGGCCCAACCGAUCAAUUCAAUUGAAUCCAUCAUCAGAAUUAAUUAAUACACAUUUAGGCAUGUAAAAUGACACGCUAAGAGAAUCAAAUUAUACACAUGAAUUCCAUGAACGCCUGAGGUUGCGAUUUGCGACAACCAACCGUCACGAAGCGCAUCACCCCUCCACCUUUGCCACGUCCUGCCUUGCCUUCCAUCCCUCCCAAGCCGUCGUCU